AUAUCAUUGUCAUAUCAUAUAUUCGUACCAUCUAUAAAUAUUAAAAGAAAGAAGUAAGGUAGAGAAAAAUAUCACAAGAAGAAUUAACAAGAUCAAAGAAUUAAUGGCAACUCUUAAGGUUCCAUCAACUAUCCCUUCUCCUUCUGAAGAUUGUGAACAACUCCGAAAAGCUUUCGCAGGUUGGGGAACAAAUGAGGCAUUGAUCAUUGAUAUCCUGGCCCAUAGAAACGGAGCUCAGCGCAAAAAGAUACGAGAAACGUAUACCGAAACAUAUAGUGAAGAUCUACUCAAAGAUUUGGACUCCGAGCUUUCAAAUGAUUUUCAGCGGGUGGUAUUGUUAUGGACACUGGAGCCAGCCGAGCGUGAUGCAUAUUUGGUUCAUGAAGCAACAAAGAAACUGACUGCAAGCAAUUGGGUUCUCAUGGAAAUUGCCUGCUCUAGGUCUUCGGAUCAAUUACUUAGUGCAAGGAAGGCAUAUCAUGAUAAAUAUAAGAAGUCCAUUGAGGAAGAUGUUGCACAUCACAUAUCUGGGGAUUUCCGAAAGCUUUUAGUUUCUCUUCUGAGUGCUUUCCGUUAUGAGGGAGAAGAGGUAAACAUGACUCUAGCUAAAUCAGAGGCUAAAAUCGUUCAUCAGAAGAUCUGCGAUAAAGCUUACAACGAUGAUGAGCUCAUUAGGAUUCUAGCAACAAGAAGCAAAGCUCAACUCAAUGCAACAUUGAAUCAGUACAACAAUCAGUUUGGGAAUGUCAUCACCAAGGACUUGAAAACAGAUCCUGAAGACGAAUAUCUCAAACUUUUAAGGUCUGCAAUAAAAUGCUUAACUGUUCCAGAGAAAUACUAUGAGAAGCUUCUGAGGUUGGCAAUUAACAAACUAGGAACAGACGAACGGGCUCUGACCCGUGUUGUGGCCACUCGUGCUGAAGUUGAUUUGCAGCGUAUUGCUGAAGAAUACCAGAGAAGGAACAGUGUGGCUUUGGAUCAUGCAAUUGCUGGAGACACAUCUGGAGAUUAUGAGAAAAUGCUUCUUGCAUUGAUGGGCCAUUGUGAUGCUUGACCAUAACUCUGCCUCAAUGAUCUUGCUUUUACAACUUUCAUGAAUCUGUCUUGUUGAGUUUGGUGAUUUUGCGUUUGGCAUAUUUUCUCAACUGAUGUGUUUGAAUAUUUAUGUGCAACUAUGAGUGUGAAUUUGUGCUAUGUAAUGAGGAUUUACCAAGAACA